AUGGCGGAUGCAGAGUUGGAAGAGAUUAGAAGAGCCCGUCUCGCACAGUUACAGCAGCAGGCGGGCCGGGGAGGGCCUGGCGGUGGUGAGGGUUCAAGCCAGGAGGAACAAAGACGGCAAGCCGAAGCUGAGCGACGUUCUGCCAUUCUCUCUCAGAUUCUUGAACCUGCCGCCGCGGACCGUCUGGGUCGGAUACGCCUCGUAAAAGAGUCGCGCGCCACAGAUAUCGAGAACCGUCUCAUCAUGAUGGCCCAGACCGGGCAACUGCGACAAAAGGUGACAGAGGACCAGCUGAAAGAGCUGCUUGGGGCAGUUGCGGAGAACCAUCGCAAAGAGGAGGAGGAGCACAAGAUUGUGAUCAACCGGCGAAAGGGUGGCUGGGAUGAUGACGACGACCUUUUGGAUUUGUAG